AAUCCGGAGAAGUCGCGUUCAGCCGCGGCGCGUGAGUCCGCGUCCUCACUGCGCGUGAAACAUGACGGGCGACGGUGAGAGGACAGCGGGCGAUGAGGGGGACAGGGACAAAGACAAGACCCGGAAGCCCUUCAUCAUCGGUGUGGCCGGCGGGACAGCCAGCGGGAAGUCAUCAGUGUGCAACAAGAUCAUAGAGCUGCUGGGCCAGAAUGAGAUCGACCACCAUCAGCGCCAAGUGGCCAUCCUCAGCCAGGACAGCUUCUACAAAGUUCUGACCCCAGAACAGAAGGCCAAGGCACUCAGGGGUCAGUACAACUUCGACCACCCAGAUGCUUUUGACAAUGACCUCAUAAUUUCCACCCUGUGGGAAAUCAAGAAGGGGAGAACGGUUCACAUUCCUGUUUAUGACUUCGUUACACAUUCCAGGAAAGAAAAAACGGUGACUGUGUACCCUGCUGACGUGGUGCUGUUUGAGGGGAUUCUGAUGUUCUAUUCUCUGGAGAUUCGAGACCUUUUCCACAUGAAACUGUUUGUGGACACUGAUGCAGACACCCGCCUGUCACGUAGAGUGCUGCGGGACAUCAGUCAACGUGGUCGGGACUUGGAGAGCAUUUUGGCACAGUACAUCACUUUUGUCAAGCCUGCAUUUGAGGAGUUCUGCUUGCCAACAAAGAAAUAUGCAGACGUGAUAAUACCGAGAGGAGUGGAUAACGUCGUUGCUAUAAAUCUGAUCGUUCAGCACAUCCAAGACAUUUUGAAUGGUGGCCUGAGCAAACGGAUGAACGGGUGGAUCAGCGGGACGACGGGGAAGCAGCAGAGCGUGGAGUCGAACACUCGGCCCCACUGAUCCACAGAGGAGGAAAGGCUCCCACAUGUGGUGGUUGCCUCCUGAGCUUGUGUACUUUGAGACCACAUUUUAUUUUCUUCCAAGCGAAAGCCAUGACCUUUCCCAC